AUGAUGAAGAUGAAGCUGCUCCUCUUCCUCUGCGGGGUCCUCUGGGUCUCUGCUGAUGUUCUUCAUGAGGACAUUGCUAUCGAUGGAUGUUCAGACUCUGAUGGAGAGAAGCUGUUCGCUCUGGAUGGAGAAGAGAUGUGGUUCGCUGACUUCAAGAAGAAACAAGGAGUCGAACCUCAACCUCCUUUUGUUGGUCAUGUGAGCUACCCAGGAGGUUAUGAAUCAGCUGUGGCGAAUCAACAGGUCUGCAGAUCAAACCUGAAGAAUGAUCGUAUUGGUAUGAAGGACAUUCCAGAUGAAAACGGUAAAGAUCAACCCUCUGGUCUGGUUAUUUACCCCAGAGACGAUGUGGAGCUGGGAGAGAAGAACAUCCUGAUCUGUCACGUCUCUGGUUUCUAUCCGCCUCCGGUCAACGUCUCCUGGACCAGAAAUGGAGACAAAGUGACUGAAGGAACCAGCAUCAAUGUUCCUUUUCCCAGUAAAGACUCGACCUUCACCCAGAUCUCCAGGCUGCACUUUGUCCCUCAGCUGGGAGACAUUUACAGCUGUUCAGUGGAACAUCUGGCCCUGAAAGAACCAAAGACCACAACCUGGGAUGUGGAGAUGGACAAUCCUCAGUCCGGUUCCGGUCCGGCCAUCUUCUGUGGAGUCGGUCUGACCAUCGGCCUGCUGGGAGUCGCUGUGGGAACUUUCUUCCUGAUCAAAGGGAACGAGUGCAGCUGAUUGGCUGAUGCUGAUUGGCUGAAGCUGAUU